GGCGGAGCGGGGCGGAGGAACUGGAGGAACCGGAGCACCGGGAGGACCGUCUCCUGCUGGAGCCUCUGCCCGGGCUGAAGGCUCCUCUCCCCGGCCUGGCUCUGCGGGUUUCUCGGUGCUGGUGGUGGUCGGGUCUCUGCGGGCCAACGGGCUUCUGGAGCGGCUGCUGAAGCAGAUAGAGACCGGUGUUCGCUGCUGGCCUGUUUCUCUGGAUGUUUCUGUUCUGGAUCAGCAGCUGAAGCUCUUUGUGUCGAGACAUUCGGCCUUCCUGUCCCAGGACGUCCCAGGGCCAGCUUCGAGAGUCCAUCAGAGACCUGGUCCUCCGCUGCCCUCAGACUCUGUUCAUCUUCGACGAGGCGGAGAAGCUUCACCCCGGCCUCAUCGACGCCAUCAAGCCGUUCAUGGAUCAUUACGACAACGUGGACGGGGUCAACUACCGCAGAGCGCUCUUCCUCUUCCUCAGUAACAUCGGGGGGGCGACCAUCAACGACGUGGCGCUGGACUUCUGGCACUCGGGUCAGAACCGAGAGGACAUCGGGAUGGAAGAUCUGGAGCAUCGACUGAGAGCAGAAACCAUGGAGUCUCACGGUGGCUUUGCUCAGAGCGAGCUGAUGUCCGGUCACCUGAUCGACUUCUUCGUGCCCUUCCUGCCUCUGGAGUACCGGCACGUGAAGCUGUGUGCGAGGGACGCGUUCACGGCUCGAGGCCUGCAGACGGACGAGGCCACGCUGGACGAGGUGGCCAAGGCCAUGCUGUACGUGCCCAAAGAGGAGAGGCUGUUCUCCGCUCAGGGCUGCAAGUCCAUCCCCCAGAGGAUCAACUUCUUCCUGCCCUAGGAGGUGAGACGCACAGACCUGGAAGUGGAGCCCAGAGUACUAUCCCCUUCACAGGUACAACAGGUGUCCUUCAGAGAGGGACGGAUCCACAGGGGAAACACAGGAUCCUGCAGACGUGAGGAGAUCCAGCUCUUCUUCAGCAUCAGGACCAUGGGUGUCACUUUGUGUGAUGAGGACACAGAUUUAAAAAAAAAAUUCUGCAAUAAGCGCCCCCCAAAAA